UUGUCAUUUUUGCAGACUCAAAAUUCAAAGACCUCCACUUUCCCAGUCUCCGUUUUUGGGCGGGAAAACCCCUAAACCCUAAAUCUGAAAUUCGAGAGGGUCCGAAUGGAAGGGAGUGAAAGCGAGGCGGUGUUUGAUUCGGUGAACCUGAAUCCGCAGCUGUUCAUCAACGAGGUCAUCAACACCGUCGACGAUUUGGUCGACGACGCCUUCAAUUACUUCCAUGAGGAAGCAUCGACGGUUUUGAAAGUCCAGGGCACCGAGAGAGCUCAAGAUCUAUCCAAGGGUGUUGAUCUGAUUCGCAAAAGGGUUCAAUCAAAUGUCGAUAAGCGGCUGCUUAUGUGGGAGCAGUACUGUCUUGACCACUGCUUUGAAGUUCCUGAGGGUUUUGUGCUGCCCAAAACUGAUGAAGCACCUGUGGAUGGUACAGUACAUCAAAAUGUUAUCUGUGAUCCAGAAGUGGAUGUUCAGUUGGAUUCGUUGAGGAACAAAUUGGCCAAGGUUGGCGAGGAGUCUGCUGCACUGAACAGAGAGCUCCAAUUAUUGGAACAACAGUCUGCUUCUAGUGACCGUUUAUCUUCGCUUGUUAAUGAGACAUUGCAGUUAUAUGACCAGAACUCUUUUCAUGAGUUGUUCCAGGAGAUGGUUAAAACAUCAUCAGAACUUCAGAUGAAAACAGCAAAACUGAUGACCAGAAAGGCGGAAAAAUCAAAACAGAAUAAGACAGACAGAGUCUACAAUCAAUACAAAGAUCCAUCUCGGAUGCAUGUUAGCAAUGGCUUCUCUGGUACAAAGCUGGAAGACCUACAAGAAUUUUUAGACAACAUGAAUACAAAGUGAGAACUAUGCGUAGUUCUGUAUCAUUUAUUAACAUUUCCAACACUCAAUUCGCACCAUUCCAGUAGUUGUAAGCGUGUCAAUCCAGUUUGGCAAAUUCGCAAUGUUCUUAUGUAGUGUGUAUAGCACGAACAUGGAUUUUAGGUUGAUCUGCUGAGUUAUGAUCAAUUAAAUCUUAUGCUUCUGUGAUGCUUUUCUGUGGACUUGUUCAUGUACACCAUGGUGCAUACAACGUGGACGCGAGUA